AUGGCCGCAGGACUUGAUGCGAUGCAGUUAUACAUCCUCUUUAUAUUGCUGGGCUCACUGUGCCACUGGCUGCACUGCAUCCAGCUGCAGCAUUUGUCAGAGCAUCCAAAGUUACCUAAAGACUUGCUGCUGCAACUCCUAGAGCGCAUUCGCCUGGAGCGGGACUAUGAUACCAUUGUGGUCUAUGGAAUGCUGCUCGCUCAGGGCAGCAGCUGGCAGAAUUGGAGCUUCACCAGCAAAUCGCUGCUGCUCAUCUGCAGCUCGAAUGCCGAGCAGGAGCAGAAUCGCCGCACUUUACUCAAGCUGCAGCAGGCACGACGAUUGGUCUAUCUGGAGGCAGGGAAGCAACCGACGGAGGUCUGUGAGGCCUACUUCGAGCGGGAGCAGGUUAAUGUGGCCAUGCUGGAUGCAGAGGGUAAACUGUAUAGCUGUCGCUGCUUUCAGCAGGAGAAUUAUAUACAGCUGGCUCUCAACUCAAUGACAGAGACCACAGCCUUGGUGAAGUUAAACUACGAUUUCGACAAAGAAUCAGAUUCCAACUCCAAUCCCCACUACGAUUCAAUAUAUGUGGAGCAAUUUGCCAACAUGCGCGGCUUGCCCAUCAGAACUGAGCCGGAUCAAGAAGGUCCACGUGCUUUUGUCUAUCAUAAUCCCAGCACUGGAGAGUAUGAGAUAAAAGGGUUCCUUUCGAAUCUGAUCACAUCGUUUGCAGAGCGAGUGAAUGCGACGGUGAAGUUACGCGACGACAUUGGCCUAGGCCAGAAAAUGCACUUCAAUAAUAUCAUGCAGCUCGUUAAACAGAAUCAGCUUGACAUCGCGGUCGCGCUUGCCACCACCAUGGAAUUUGGCAGACAAGACUAUCUCACAUAUCGCUACAUGCACAGCUCGUAUUGCUUUAUGAUUCCAGUGCCAGCUCAACUGGACUACAAGGAUAUCUACAUAGCUAUCAUGCAUCCUCUGGUAGCCUGCGUGCUGAUUGUCUUAUUUGUGAUCUUCUCGCUGCUGUACAUCUAUAGCCAGGACUUGAACUGGCGCAGGUUCAGCCUCAUCGAUAUGCUGCUCAACGACCGCUGUCUGCGCGGUCUGCUGGGCCACGCCUUUCCGAUGCCCGCCCAGCCUAGUCGGUAUCUAAAGGGGAUUUGUAUGCUGCUCUGCUUCGCUAGUAUCAUGACGACGACCAUGUACGAGUCCUACUUACAGUCGUACUUUAUUCAUCCCCCGCACGAGAUGAUGCUGCGCAGCUACGAGGAUAUUCUCAACUCUCGCUACAAAAUUGCAGUGCAGCGCGAAACAGCGCUUCACUGGGUGUUUGAAAAGUUCAACCUGACCACCACCAACGCCCAUCACGUCGUCCUCUUCGACGAUUGGCAGGAGUUCAUUCGAAUACGGGAAGCGUUCAAUGACAGCUUCAUUUAUCCAGUCACCGAUCUACGUUGGUUCUCCCUGGAAGAGCAGCAAAAGUAUUUCAGGGGACCCGUUUUUUACUUCUCCGAGGAUGUUUGCAUCAAACGCUUCCUGCUACUAGCGCUACCCGUGCGUCUCCAUCUACCCUAUCGCCAGCUCUUCGAACGGCAUAUUCUGGCCAUGCAAGAGUUUGGCAUUUUGCAGUUCUGGAUGGCCAACAGCUUCAAUGAGAUGGCUCGCUUAAAAGUAGCAUCGCGGAAGGAUUAUAGCCAUCCCGAGGAACCAGAGGGCCAAUUGUAUAUCACAGAUCUGACCCACAUUCUUAUAUUCUACUUAGCGGCUCAGCUAUUGGCUUGCAUUUGCUUUGUCCUCGAGCUGUGCUGGGCGAGGAUUUUUGGUAUUAAAUAA